AUGGUCUCCGAGUAUCAGGUCAAUUUGGCGGAGAAAGCACGCGGUGACUCUCUACUCAAGCAGAAACCGGCAUCAGUUGAUCUGUACCCGGGCAAGAGUGAGGCCGAUGAUGACAGCGUGUUCACUCACUAG